CCGUUAGGUUCCAACAUCUAUUAGAUACUGUAAUAAAGAAUUGUCUUGCUCCGUGGGGUGAACAAUUUUGGUUUGGAGAAGCCAGAGAGGAUGAACGGCGGACAAGACGAAGCGAAGGGAUUUCUGUGGAAGCUACCCGUGGUUAAGUCCAAGGAGUUAGGAAAGCUCGGUCCCGGUUUCGGACUCGGCAUCGGGUGUGGUUUCGGGUUCGGCGUCGGCCUCAUUGGAGGAAUGGGGUUCGGUCCUGGGAUUCCUGGGUUGCAGAUCGGGUUUGGACUGGGUGCCGGGUGUGGUGUUGGAUUAGGGUUCGGGUACGCUAUCGGACGGGGCAUUGGGUAUGAUGACGAACGCAAACACUCCAAUGUUGGCUGGUCUUUCCAUCGCAAUGGCACUUUUCCCACUCAGUAUGAGAUUGAUUCCCUAAUUGAUGAGCUUGUUAAGAGCACCAAGAAGCUGGUCAGGGAAACAUCUCGCGAGGUGGACAAAUGGAGGAGACACAAUUAGCUUGAAAAACUUGUAAUUACAAGUGUUGAUAAAGUAAAUGAAAGGUUAAAAGAACCCUUAAAUGUAAAAUAUUUAAGGACUGAGGUCCCUUGAGAAAAAAUGAAAUUGUAGUUGGUUUCACUUUGUAUAUACUUUAUGUGAAUUUAUAUGAAAUAAAAAUGACAUUCAGCGAGAAUGGGAAAAAAAUUGGUCGCUU